GGCGCUCGAGCCCGGAAUGAAUCAGCCCGGCGGCUGCGGGAGUCCAAAGGCAGGCGGGCCCCGCCCCCGGAACCACCGCCGCCGCCGGCCUUAAAACGGCGAUGCCAGGGCGGCGCUAGCGACCACCAUUAAAAGGGCAGUGCCGCCGCCCGAGCCGCCGUUUUUCCGACGCACCAGAGGCAGACGCUCAGCGUCACCCACAGGUUUCCCGGAGGACUCUUAACGCCAGGAAUCCCACCCUCCAGGUGACAGGCAUGGAGGAGAAACAAAAGCGACAGAACGAGCGGGGGAAAGCCUAGGGUGGAUCCCCCGCCUGGGCCUGGCGCGGUCUUUCCUGCUCUCUCUCAGUCUCUCGUCCUUUUUCCUUCCCCUGGCCACGGAGUAGGUUGGGGUUGGGGUGGGGGCCGCACGCCGAUUGCCUGCGUCUUUCCUGCGCUUCCCCACCUCCGGCCGCUGGAGGGCGCUGGCAGCCGCCUCGCGGCCGCACGCCUAUUGGCUGCAUCUUUUCUGCCCUCUCUGCCCUGGCCGCUGGAGGGCGCUGGCGGCCGCACGCCGAUUGGCUGCGUCCUUCCGGCGUUCCGCCGUAAGGGGGUGCUGGGAGCCGGCUCGGGGCCGCAAGCUGAUUGGCUGCUCCGGGAAGCUGCAGGUCGUUCGCCCCGCGGGCGUAGUAGGCCCUUGCGGUUUCGGCGGCUGGCAUUGCGAGCUUUCAUCCGGUUUGUGUCAAGGCUGUGCCGAGAUAACUCCCAGAUUUCUUCUCUAACGGUAGUUCCUCGUCAAUUGGAGGAACUCACCAUCUGACUGAAAUUAAGUGUUUGGAUGCUUGACGAAGAUUCUUUGAAGUCUGCUUUUGGAAUCACAGAGCAUGGAUCCCAGCAGUGACUACCAUUUCCUCAACCACAUUUUGUGGAGAAGAGUGAAACUCACCUUGGUUUCUGGCAUCUUCGAGGGCGUGCUCCAGCAUGUGGAUCCUAACAAGAUUGUUGUCCUAAAAAAUGUGAAGAACGUAGAGACAGGCCGGAGUGUCCCAGGAGUGAAAAUGUUUUUUGGGCAUGAGAUUUUGAAUGUGGAACUAAUGGAUGAAGCAGAACAAGGUGCAUCCGGAGAAAAGGCAUCUUCUGUUAGCAUAAAUACAGAAAGAGCUGGAAUGGAGAAAAUGAAAGACGAAGACCUAACUGUAUGUGAACCUGCUUCACCUGCACCAGAGGCACCCACCAGCUCCUUACUCAGUGACCUCAAAUACUGCCCAUCGGAGGAAGAGGAGGUGACAUACACAGUCAUUGGUCAGUUCCAGCAGAAGUUUGGCGCUGCGAUGCUCCACAUCAAGAAGCAGAGUGUCUUGAGUGUGGCUGCAGAAGGAGCUAAUGUGUGUCGCCAUGGGAAACUCUGUUGGCUUCAGGUGGCCACAAACAGCCGAGUUUACUUGUUUGAUAUUUUUCUUCUGGGAACUCGUGCUUUCAACAAUGGACUUCAGAUGAUUUUAGAAGACAAGAGAAUCUUGAAGGUUAUCCAUGAUUGUCGAUGGCUUUCGGAUUGCCUGUCUCAUCAGUAUGGAAUCAUGCUGAACAAUGUCUUUGACACACAGGUAGCAGAUGUCCUUCAGUUUUCCAUGGAAACGGGUGGUUUUCUUCCAAAUUGUAUCAGUACUUUGCAGGAGAGUUUAAUCAGACACCUUAAAGUUGCCCCUAAAUACCUCUCCUUUUUAGAAGAGAGACGCAAACGUGUUCAGGAAAAUCCAGAAGUAUGGUUGACAAGGCCUCUUCCACCCCCUUUAUUGAAAAUCUUGGCCCUGGAAACAACCUACUUGCUUCCACUCCGCUUGGUACUCUUGGAUGAGAUGAUGUCGGACUUAACCACACUGGUGGAUGGGUACCUAAACACCUAUCGAGAAGGUUCUGCAGACCGGCUUGCAGGCACAGAGCCUGAGUGUAUGGAGCUGCCCGAGGAGCUUCUUCAACUCAAGGACUUCCAGAAGCAGCGCCGAGAGCGAGCUGUGAAGCAGUACAGAAUGAAUGCGCAGGGCCUGCUCAUAAGGACGGUGCUGCAUCCAAAGACACCAGCCGGGCGCACACCAGGGAAAGAGGGCCCAGUCAGGGGCUUUUUAGUUUGUAAAACUUCGGACGUAGACACAGCUCCACACUUUCUGUGUCACAGAUCUUAUAAGGAUGAGAAUUUUUUGGAUAGAGAAUCUAAAGAAACCACAGGAAAUUCUCAAAUUCUGCCUCCCAUGAAGGAAGGUGAAGCCAGUGAGGAUUCUGAGGACAAACCAAUGUGUCGGGAGUCAAGGGGGCCAGAAGACCUGAGAACCCAGAAGGCUCGCUCAGUGACUCCCACGCAUGCGUUUCCGUCACAUUUUUCUUUGAAGGAGGAGAUAGAACAGUUGCUGAUGGUGGAAAAUAAGGGAGUUUUGAGAAGCCCAAAUCAAGACACCUCGGUGUCUCCUUCCCUUCCCCCGGAAAGCUGGGGGGCACCAAGUGACACCUUCCCUCUUCCUGAGAAUGCUCUGAUUUCUACACUUCCACCCUGCCCAGCGCUGGAGAAGACAGAUUCAUGGAUAAGUCCAUCUCCAAAUCUGUUUUAGGAUUUACGGUUGGCUGCUGAGUCCAUGAAGGGGACUCAUCUACCCUGCCAACAGGGUCCAUGUGAGUUUCUCCUGGGGUAGGUAGGGUGGUUAGGUCUGAACCACAGGCUUCUGGGAAAAUGAUGGCCUUCAGUUAGUGCUUCUUCCCGGUGUCUGGAUUAGGAUGGAAGGAAUAAGUGAAAUAAUGGACCAAGUCAAACUUCUGAUAUGCAGAAAUAUUCCCAGUAGCCUGAGUAAUCAUUUCUCAUAAUUUAGGUUCUGAGGAUUUGAAGAAGUAAAAAAUGCUUGUGCUCAGUAUCUGGAAGGAUCCAGUUUAGGAAUAUUGUGGGCAGCUCCUGUGGAUGGCAGAGCUGGUACAGCCUGCGCAGGCCAUGGGUUCAGUCUGCAGCAUCACCAAAAACAAGUUGUAUUUUUAUGUUUGUUUGCGUUUGGGUUAUUUUUGGCCUUCAGAGUGAAGUAAAUCUAAAAACCCUUAUUUAUAGGUUAAAAAAGGUUUCUCAUCCAACUUCACCAGUACUUUUCUCCUUAAAAUAUUACUUGAAUUGUGAAUUUUUGUCUGUUGUAUUCUACAACAGAAUAAGUAAUGUCAUUAUAGGGUUCAGUCUCAUCUUCUUUACAUCUCAUCAACCUUCAGGUUUUGUCCACUUUCCUAAGGAAGCAGAGGUGCUGGCUUCUUUGUUGCCCGCUUUGUGGAAAUCUAAGUUUGAGUCCAUUGUAUUUGCCUAGAUCUGUUACCUUUUCUCAGAGUGAAAGAAAGACAGCUGGAAAAAGGCGCUUUGUGUUGAGUGCUCAGAAAUCACUCUUACUCUUUUGUGUAAAACAACCAAUAAACCUGCUUUGGCACAAGA